GCUGACAUGGAUAUGGAUCAUAUUUCACAGAAUCAAUUGCGAAACAGGGUUUAGGGUUUUUGCAAGCUCACUAAAGUGGAAGGAUUUGUCACCUGGUACGAAGAUCAUCUCCGGAAUUUCUCGGUUAUGAAUGUAUUAUACGUCUUCAUUUUAUAAAUCAACGUUGUGGAAAUGAUACUGCGCAUCCUUUUGUCAAAAAAUCUCAGGCAAUCAAGAAAGUUAUUCGGUGGAAGCAACAUAGAGUUGAAAUCUUUAUCCUCGCUGGGUAAUCCCGACACAAUUCUUCAUAAGGUUACUCGCUUUUCGGUGUCCAGUGACCGUAAUUUCAGGAGAGAGUAUUGUUCCGGGAAGCAGGGAAGGGAAGAUUCCCAUGAGUUUACCGAAGAAAUAGACUAUUUGGAUGAGUCGGGCAGCGUUAUUUACUCUGGUAAGGGAAUAAGAUCGGUUGAGCCGGGAAUGGAUGACCAUGUAAUGGUAGGUGGAUUGAGAAAGCCCAUUUUGAACAUUUCAGCUGUGGCUAAGAUAGUUGAGGUCGUGAAGAGGUGGAGAUGGGGACCUGACAUGGAGACUCAAUUGGACAAACUGCAGUUUGUUCCAAACAUGACCCAUAUUACUCAGGCAUUGAAGAUAAUUGACGACAGUGAUGGUUUGUUGAGUUUGUUUCGAUGGGCCAAGAGGCAACCGUGGUACCUGCCCAAUGAUGAGUGUUAUGUUAUGCUGUUCGACAAGUUGAAUUUAAGUAGAGAUUUUGAUGGGAUUCAGUCAGUUUUUGAGGAAAUGGUUCGCGAUUCGAGUGGAAAUGGGAUGUCUUCCUCUGGUGCAUAUAACAGGGUACUUCAGUACCUGGCUCAAGCUGAGAAGUUGGAGGUUACAUUCUGUUGUUUCAAGAAAAUUCAGGAGCUGGAUUGCAAACUUGAUACUCAGACGUACAAUUCACUUAUAACUUUGUUUCUAACCAAAGGGCUGCCUUAUAAGGCAUUUGAGAUUUACGAGAACAUGGAGAAAGAUGGGUGUGUGUUAGAUGCAUCAACUUAUGACAUGAUGAUACCAAGCCUUGCUAAGUCCGGACGCCUUGAUGCUGCUAUGAAGCUUUUUCAGGAGAUGAAAGAAAAGAGUUAUCGACCAACUUCUGGGAUUUUUGUGUCUCUUAUCGAUACGAUGGGGAAGGCUGGGAGGUUAGAUACAGCAAUGAAAGUGUACAUGGAAAUGCAAGGUUUUGGGUUGAGGGCAUCUGGGGCCAUGUUUGUUUCUCUAAUUGAGUCAUUUGUUAAGGCUGGAAAACUGGAAACGGCUCUAAGGCUCUGGGAUGAGAUGAAGAAAGCUGGGUUUAGACCAAACUAUGGGCUAUAUACUAUGCUUGUUGAGGCGCAUGCUAAAUCCGGGAAGCUUGACAUUGCAAUGUCAAUCUUCUCAGAUAUGGAAAAAGCUGGAUUUUUGCCCACUCCAUCUACCUACUCCUCUCUCUUGGAGAUGCAAGCUGCUUCUGCACAAGUUGAUGCUGCAAUGAAACUGUACAACUCCAUGACAAAUGCAGGUUUGAGACCAGGUCUGAGCACUUAUACAGCUCUUCUGACUUUACUAGCAAAAAAGAAGCUUGUCGACGUGGCUGCAAAAAUUUUGCUUGAGAUGAAGGCCAUGGGUUAUUCAGUUGAAGUAAAUGCUAGUGAUGUGCUCAUGGUUUAUAUAAAGGAUGGCUCAGUUGAUCUUGCACUGAGGUGGCUCCGCUUCAUGGGUUCAUCAGGCAUUCGAACAAAUAACUUCAUCAUCAGGCAGUUGUUCGAGUCGUGCAUGAAGAAUGGCUUAUAUGAGUCUGCUAAACCUCUCCUUGAAACAUAUGUGAAUGCUGCUGCUAAGGUUGACCUCAUACUGUACACAUCAAUUCUGGCCCACCUUGUAAGGUGCCAGGAAGAGCACAAUGAGAGGCAUUUGAUGUCAAUCUUGAGUGCUACAAAGCACAAGGCUCAUGCUUUCUUGUGCGGACUCUUUACUGGACCUGAACAAAGGAAACAACCAGUUUUGUCUUUUGUGAGGGAAUUUUUCCAAGGUAUUGAUUAUGAAUUGGAGGAAGGGGCCGCCAGGUACUUUGUUAAUGUCCUCCUUAACUACCUUGUUCUAAUGGGACAAAUAAACCGUGCUCGAUGUGUCUGGAAAGUCGCAUAUGAGAAUAAGCUUUUCCCUAAGGCAAUUGUGUUUGAUCAACACAUUGCCUGGUCCCUCGAUGUCAGGAACUUGUCUGUUGGAGCAGCUCUGAUAGCCGUCGUACACACCCUUCACAGAUUUAGAAAGCGAAUGUUGUAUUAUGGUGUUGUCCCGAGAAGGAUCAAAUUAGUCACUGGACCAACUUUGAAGAUAGUGGUAGCACAAAUGCUAACCUCCAUGGAAUCACCAUUUGAGGUCAGUAAGGUUGUUUUAAGGGCCCCAGGGGAUUCCGUGCUGGAGUGGUUUAAGAAACCAAUCGUCCAGCAAUUCCUUUUAAAUGAGAUUCCAUCAAGAUCUGACAUCCUGAUGCAUAAGCUCAAUACACUGUUUCCGAGUUCAGCACCUGAAAUCAGAUCAUUGUCCCCUCCAAAACCUCUUGUUGCUGGAAAGGGAAUGUAACUAUGAAGUGAUUGGGAGAAGUAUCUGCUAUGUCUUAUCUGAUGUACCCUCACCUAAUUGAAACUCUGUCAUUCAACACUUCUGUAAUAUAUACAUGUAUAAAGGCUUUCAUUGUGACAAAUGUCUUAGUUUGAAUUUUCCUUCCACAAAUAUAAUGUUGAUACAGUUCCAUAUAA